UUUCCUCUUCUCAAACAGCAACAUGAAGCUCUGAGCUCCUUAGCAAGGUGAUGGAUCCAAAUCUGCAAUGAUCGGAACCAAGGAUUAGUCUCCAGUUGUCUGGGUACACUCCAGAGGAAGAAGGUGCGGAGCAGUUCCAGAACUUUCUGAAAGGAUUAUACAUCCCUCAUGAUUUAUUAAAGUGAUCGGAUCUCAGAGAAGGAGCUGGAGAGCAGCACUGGAAAAAGAUCUAGAGGAAAAGAUAAAGGCUGAGAUGGAUAAUUGGGUGGAGGAGACUGGAGGCUGGAAGAAUAGCCAGAAGAACAGAUGAAUGGAUGAAAGGAUAAAUGGAUAGAAGGAGAAAAUAUGUGAACGAAUGAUAGAAAAAAAAAGUAAGAACCUUUAUAUGUUGUUAUUGUCCCAAGACCAGAAUGAAGCUGAUGCUGCAUUCAAAUUGAAGCAGUUUUAAGAGUCAAAAAGUCAAGGAUUCAACUUUGGAUGCUUGUCUAUUUUGAGCCUUUGUUCACCAUGGCAGUGGCUCUGCCGGCAUGUUACCACGGCGCCAUGUCCAAGAGGGAGUGUGAGGAGCUGCUGGGGAGAAAGAACAAGGAUGGAGCCUACCUGAUCCGAGAGAGCGAGAGCAUCCAGGGUGCCUUGUGUCUGUGUGUCUACAAACAGAGGGUGGUUUAUACCUACAGAAUCCUUCAGGCACACAAUGGAUACUACACCCUCCUGACUGCAGGAGGUUUGCAAGAAACUUAUUUUAAGACCUUGGAUGAUUUAAUCCGGAAUUACAAGAGAAAAAAUCAGGGUUUGGCCAUCCACCUAUCCCGCGCAGUGAAAAAGAAAACUCCCUUUUUGAUCCAGCCACCACACAUACAGGACACACAGCCUGAAGAAACGGCACGAGUAUCGAAUGCAGUAUCAGCUAGAGUAUCACCUGGAGUAUCGGCUAGAGCAUCACCUGGAGUAUCGGCUAGAGCAUCACCUGGAGUAUCGCCUAGAUACACAUCACGAGCAGCUGUUCCUUUACCUGAAGAGGACAAUGACUAUGAGAAUACUGCCUGCUCAGAUUAUGUGGAAGUCCUUCCUGAGUAACUCUCACACAUGUCAUCAAACCAAUUGGAAGGAAAAUUAAGGACAACGAGAACAUGGACUGAACCAUAGUGAGAUGAGGAUUAAUCUAUCUCAUACAGAUCCUUUGUUUUGUGGACUUAGAUUUCUGACUUUUUUAUGUGCUAGCCUCUAAGAAUUUUGGUUGCAUUGGCACACUUCAGAUGGACCUUUUGGAGGUUUUCUCUGUUAAAUGAAUAUCUUUUCCAAGGACAACCGCUUUUUAUGAGUUAUUGACUCUCAUCUGAAUGUUAAGGAGGAACCUCUGUCAAUGUUUCUGCAGCUACGAAUUUGGGCUUCAGUCUUACUGUUGCUUAUGCGCAACUCAUUGCUCAAAGAUCCCCAUUGAUAACCACAGACGUCUUUACCUUUUGGAGGAUAACCUAAAAGUAGCAAUAGUAGUGGUCAAAAAAAAAUUCUUCCAAAAACACAAAAUGUUUGAAGGAAAAAUCGUACUGCAUUACUUUACAAUUGCUGCAUUCUAGAAGAAAACCUAGAUACUAAUUGUUCUCUUAUCGAAAUAGCCUUUUAUAAAAAAGGUAUUUUUGAAAUAUUUAUGCUUUCUGAAAUUCCAUUUGUUUUGUUUUUUUGUUUAUGUG